GGAUAUGGGCACGAGCUAUAUAAGCUACUGACUGGGCUGGAAAUGAACAUUAUCGCUCAAGAGCUUUAGACAAAAUCAACCAACCAAGCAAAAUGUACAAGUUUCUGGUCAUCGCCGCCCUCAUCGCCUGCUCGGCCGCCAAACCUGGAGUGGUAGCUCCCCUUGCCGCCCCUCUGGCUGCCCCUCUCGCCUACGCCAACGCUCCUCUGUACGCCGCUGGUGGCAGCAGCCAGGUGGACGUCCGCAACAACUACGACGGCACUCUGUCCUCCUACACCACCGCCCCCUUUGAGUUCACCGCUCCCUACUCCAGCCGCUACGUCUCCGGAAUCCCCGCUGCUCCCGCCGUAGUGGCCAAGUACACCGCUCCUCUGGCUGCCCCAGUGGCCGCUCCUCUGGCUGCCCCAGUUGCUGCUCCUCUGGCCGCUGCUCCCUACACCGCCGCUCCCUUGGCUGCUGCCUACUCCGCCCCUCUGGCCGCUGCUGCUUACUCUGCCCCUCUGACUGCUGCCGCCUACUCCGCCCCGCUGGCCGCUGCCGCUUACUCCGCCUACCCCUACGCCUCCCCCUACCUGGCCUCCCCUUACGCCGCUCCCCUUGCUGCCGCUGCUCCCGCACCAGUGGUUGUCUAAGGAAACAUCCCCUCAAAUGCGCAAAAAUA